AUGGAACCAGAAAAAUUAUUUGACAGUAUGAUACUGUUAUUUGUAGCUCAUUGGGUACCAAAGUCAAUCAAAUCAAUUAUUGAAUUAAAAAUUGCACAACAAUUGGAAGAUGGACCAAAGACGACUGACCAAAUUGCUCAAGCCGUUCAAUGUGAUAGUGCCUAUCUUUACCGUUUAAUGAGAGCCUUGUCAAGUGUUGGAGUAUUUAGACAAGAUGAAAUGGAUCAAAAAUUAUUUCAUCAAACCAUUUUAUCUGCUUGUUUGGCAGGUGAAGGAAAUGAUAAUCAAGAAAAUUGGAUCAAUUUCUUUAAAUUUGUACAUGAACCAUUCUUGGCAGAAUGUUGGGACAUGAUCUCUGAAAGUGUUAUUAUGGGUAAAAGUGCAUUCAAUGUAAAACAUGGUUAUCCAGAUGGUAUUUGGGAUAUUGUUAAAACAAAACCAGAGGUAUUCAAAGUGUUCCAUCAUGGCAUGACUACAAUGACUCAUCAUUUUACUCGUAAAAUCUUACAAGAUUUGGAUUUUAAUCAAUUCAAUUGUGUUGUUGAUCUUGGUGGAUCAGAAGGGUAUUUGGUUCAAAAAAUUCUUGAAAAGAAUCCCUAUGUUAAAACUGGUAUUUGUUUGGAUUUGGAAAAUGUCAUCAUUGGAAAUGGAAAAUUGGAUCGUUCAACGAUUCCAUCUCAUGUAAUGGAUCGUUAUAAAGAACAAGCUGGUUCAGUAUUUGGUUCCAUUCCAAAGGCUGAUUGUUAUACAAUGAAAAGUGUACUUCAUGGAUACAAUGAUGAUGAAGUUUCAACCAUCCUAUUAAAUCUCUCAUCACAAAUGCCAAUUGGAUCAAAACUCUUAAUUAUUGAACCAAUCAUUGGUACAAAAAAUCAAUUAAAUUUUCCAGUUUGGUUAGAUCUUUUAAUGGCACUCAUUACAAAUGGUAAAGAAAGAAGUGAAACUGAUUGGAAAAAUUUAAUUCAAAAUGUUUCUGGUUUCUCUAUUGAAUCAAUUUCAAAUGAUCCUUUAUCUACUCUUGGUGUUAUCACAAUAGUAAAACAAUAA